AUGUUAUUAUCAUUGUUGUGCUUAACUCUUUUUGGGUCAACCCUUUCAUCUCCACCUUUAAUACUCACGCCAUUGCUUGAACAAAAUCGCACAGAGGAAGCAAGAAAUGCAUCAGCCGUUGACCCCAAUUACUUUCUUCAAACUAAGAGUUACACGGGAUUUUUAAGCGUCGAAGACGAUAGUAAUCUAUUCUUCUGGUAUUUUCCUGUGAGCGGCACCAAUGUGCCAUGGGUUUUGUGGCUUCAGGACGAAGUUGGUAUGACAAGCUUGGAGGGUCUAUUUUCUCAAAUUGGGCCUUUUUACUUCGUCCGUAAUGAUACCAGGUUCGUUCCGAUCAAGGAAAGGAAUUCAUUGAAAGAAAGGGAGUAUUCAUGGAACAAACAGUUUUCUAUGGUGUUUUUGGAAAACUGUGCAGGUGCAGGUUUCAGCUUUGGUAAUGACUUAACAAGAACUAAGGAAAGUCUCUCAACACACUUGCUAAGGGCGGUUCAACAACUGGUACAAAUAUAUCCGGAGCUGUCUACAGCUCCCCUUUAUAUCGCUGGUGAAGGUUAUGCCGGGCAUUUCAUACCCGAUCUAGCCUUGAAAAUUCAUGAAGCUAAAAAUGAUUCGGCAACAAUUAAUCUACAGGGUCUAAUUUUAGGUCACCCAGUUUUGAAUGCAGAGAGUAUUCAAGAUUACAUAUCGGUGUUUCUUGGCUUUGGAUUAAUUGAUAGUCAAGGUGCCAUUGCAGCAAAGCCACUACAGGACAAAUAUCUUCAGGAAAUUAACGUAGAUCGCUCAAGCUCUAAUGCAUUCUCAUUUCGCGCGGAACUCAUAGAUUAUUUAAAAAAGAUAAGUGGCAAAACUCAGUCAUUUAACGCAUUCAAGGAGUACACAGACAACGAUUAUAAUAAUACCUUUUUCGAUUAUUUAACGGACGACGAUGUUAGAAACUCUAUUCAUGUUGGCGACAUUAAAUUCUCAUUACAAAAUUACGCUGGCUUAAUUUAUAUGAAGGAUGAUUUUCUCGCAAAUGUCACUGUGACAGUUGAAAAACUACUCGAACAUUACCGGAUUCUUAUAUAUUGUGGUCACCUUUCUCUAUCUAUUCCUUGCGUACCACUUGCUAACCAUAUACGUAAGACUUGGCACUGGAAUAAACGGGAUGAUUUCUUAAACGCACCCCGAGUUCCAUGGUGGUUUAACGAUAACAUCGCUGGGUACAUUAAGUCGGGUGGUAAUUUAAUGGAGGUUUUAAUUACCAAUACUGGUGACCUAAUAUCAGUGGAUAAACCAGCAGAACUAUUACACGUCGUUACGAAUUUCAUUAAAAAAACCGAACAAUACUUUAUCUUCCCACCAUCAUUCCUUACCAAAGACAUAGUCAGCGUGCCCUAUGUUGAAGCGGUGAAAAUCGAACCCACCAGUUAUAAGACUGGUUUGACUAUAAGUGCUAUUAUAAAUGUUAUUUUAAUCGCAGUUGUAUUGUUGUUUGGCAUUUUCUUGAUAAGAUACAGACGGAACUUGAAAUUAUUUCGUCCAGUUAAUGAAGCUGAUAUUAAUAUGAGAUAA